UGCUCUCAGCUCAGUGUUGAGUGAGAAGGUGAUGUGCCAGGACUUCCACACAUGGAUGAGGUUUGAAUAACUUUCUGACUAAAUCUCAAAGCUUUGUUUCCAACUUUGACUAGAAUGGCAGUUGCCUCCUUUGCAUUGGCGGACUAUGUGGUGUUCGCUCUCAUGCUGGUGGUGUCCGCCGCUGUCGGGAUCUACUACGCCUGGGUGGACAGGAGCCGGAGAAACCCCGGGAAUUUUUUAACAGGGGGCCGCAAGCUGACAGCUCUGCCCGUCUCCCUGUCCCUGACUGCCAGCUUCAUGUCAGCCAUCACAGUGCUGUCCUUUCCAGCUGAGGUUUACCAAUACGGAGCUAAUAUUGGAUUUUAUGGUCUCUCCUAUUUAAUGGCGAUGCUGGUCACAUCUGAGGUCUUCCUCCCCAUCUUCUACAAGCUGGAAAUCACCAGCACUUUUGAGUAUCUGGAGCUGCGUUUUAACAGAGCAACCCGUCUGCUGGGCACACUGCUGUUCAUUGUCCAAACAAUCCUCUACAGUGGAAUUGUCAUUUAUGUUCCAGCUCUUGCUUUAAACCAAGUGACCGGGAUGAAUCUGUGGGGUGCGGUCAUUUCCACAGGAGUGGUCUGUACAUUUUACUGCACACUGGGCGGUCUAAAGGCAGUGGUGUGGACAGACGUGUUUCAGCUUGGUGUAAUGAUCGCAGGUUUUCUGUCUGUCAUCAUCGCAUCUGUGAUCCUACAAGGUGGAGUCAUCAACAUCUUUUCAGAUUCACAACACGGAGGGAGAAUCAACUUCUGGGACUUUGAUACAAACCCUCUGAGAAGACACACUUUUUGGACUGUUGCCAUUGGAGGGACAUUUCUUUGGACCAGUAUAUAUGGGACCAACCAGUCACAGGUUCAGAGAUACAUCUCCUGCAAGAGCAUCACUCAUGCUAGAUUUUCUUUGUUCAUCAACCUGUUAGGUCUGUGGUUGAUACUGUUGUGUUCAGUGUUUGCGGGCAUGUGUCUUUACUCAAUCUAUAAAAGCUGCGACCCCUGGACAUCUGGACUGCUUUCUGCACUUGAUCAGUUGAUGCCUUAUUUGGUGAUGGACGUCUUGGGAGACUAUCCUGGCCUUCCUGGACUGUUUGUGGCAGCAGCAUUUAGUGGAUCUUUAAGCACAGUCUCUUCUAGCAUCAAUGCACUGGCUGCAGUGACAGUGGAAGACCUAAUCAAACCAUAUGCCAGCAUGUCAGAGAGGCAACUGGCCUGGAUCUCAAAAGGAACGAGCCUCCUGUAUGGAGUUUUAUGCAUUGGGAUGGCUGGGUUGGCCUCACUUCUAGGACCGAUCUUCCAGGCAGUCAUCAGUAUAUUCGGGGUCAUUGGAGGUCCUUUACUUGGACUGUUCACUUUGGGGAUUCUCUGUCCAUUUGCCACCUCAAAAGGAGCUUUGUCAGGUGUUGUGUUGGGGCUGGCUGUGUCUCUCUGGGUGGCCAUCGGAGCUCAGAUAUACCCUCCUCCCCCUGAAAUGAGUCGGCCUCUGUCACUGACCACUGAAGGCUGUAACUUUACAAUGACGGACAGCUUCAGCUGGACCUCCACUGAUCUCCCAACAUUGCCGAGCUCCACAACAACAGCCCCAGUACUUAUCAAUACCAAGACUCCCAUCAGCAGGCCUGCGCUGGCAGACUGGUACUCAGUCUCCUACCUUUACUUCAGUCCAAUUGGAACUAUAAUAACUAUAAGUGUGGGACUGAUAGUCAGCGUGGUGACAGGAGGUCGGAAGCUGAAUGUAGAAUCCAGGCUCAGGCUGACGAAAGAAGACACAAGUCUUUACUACUUGUUUAAAAUUAUCAAAGAGAGAGCCAUGAGACGAAAAAGAAAGCUUGAUCUGAAAAAGGACAGGAAGAAGACAUUCGGCAAUCCUAAUCCUGCUUUCUGUGAUGUUGAGCUGGAUUUGCCACAAAGCAGCAUUUCCACCUAAGAAUGUAGCUGCUUUUUUAAAGUAUAAGCUUCUUUGUUACUCUAUGAUCUUAUACAGGAAAUGCAAUGUAGAAGAGGAAUUAUGGUGGGACUUUCUGCAAAUGCAGACUAGCACUUGUUUGAAUUUAAAUUGUGCAAUAGUUAUUAUGUACUGACCAAUCAGCAAUAAAUAUGAGGCAAUAAUUUUAAUAAUGCCACAGAAAUAUAUAAAAAUCAAAGGUUUAUUUAUUCAAUUAAUUAAUUUUUUAAAUCAUUUUUUCAUUUAAUCAGAUUCCAUUAAAGUUAACAUAUUGUUAUGUAAUAAAAUUACAUGUAAUUAAA